ACAUAAAAACUAGAUAAUUCAAAUUCCUGGCGAGUCCACCAUAGAACUACCUGUUCUGCUCUAAGCAUGUCCAACUCAUCUAAACCAAAUCUGCGAAACGAAAGCAGGCAAAGCAUAAUCACGCAAGAAACUACAGGAUACCUCUCACUGCUGUUUAAAUUUAUUCAAAAAAGAUAUUUGAAACAGACGAAUCUGUGAAAAUGUAUUAUCAAAAAAUUGUCCAAAAAAAAUUGUUAAACAAACUUUUUCCUAUUUUCCCCUUUACCAUCUCAUCUUCACUCCCAUUCACAUUCUUCACCACCCAAACCAACAACAUAGCAACCACAACCAAAUUGGAACAACAACACCACAACCAUGACUUCAUCUUCCGUUCCAAACUGCCCGACAUUUACAUUCCCACGCACCUCCCUCUCCACUCUUACAUCUUCCAAAACCUCUCCCAGUUCAACCAUCGACCCUGCCUCAUCAACGCCGCCACCGGAGACUGCUUCACUUACGCCGACGUCCACCUCACCGCUCGCAGAGUCGCCGCCGGCCUCAACAAACUCGGCAUCCAACACAGCGACGUCAUCCUCCUUCUCCUCCAGAACUGCCCCCAGUUCAUCUUCGCAUUCCUGGGCUCCUCCUUCUGCGGCGCCACCAUCACCACCGCUAACCCCUUCUGCACUCCGGCGGAGGUGGCCAAGCAAGCCGCGGCCUCCAACGCCAAACUCAUCAUAACACAGGCGUCCUACGUGGACAAAGUGAAGGAUUUCGCGAGCGAAAACGACGUCAGAGUGAUGUGCGUUGACGGGGCGCCGGAAGGUUUCCUUCAGUUCUCGGAGUUAACGAAGGCAAACGAGAAUGACAUUCACGGCGUUAAAAUAUCCCCAGAUGACGUGGUUGCGCUGCUGUAUUCUUCUGGAACGACGGGGCUUCCGAAGGGAGUGAUGCUAACGCACAAGGGGCUGAUUACGAGCGUGGCGCAACAAGUGGACGGAGAGAACCCUAAUCUGUAUAUACGCAGCGAGGACGUGGUGUUGUGCGUGCUUCCACUUUUCCAUAUUUUUUCCCUCAGCAUUGUUUUGCUCUGUUCCCUUCGAGUUGGGGCUGCAAUUUUGAUAAUGCCCAAAUUCGAUAUAGUAAAAUUGAUGGAGCUGGUGGAAAAACACAAGGUGAGCGUGGCACCAUUUGUGCCACCCAUGAUUUUGGCUAUUGCCAAAAGUCCAGAUUUGCAGCUUUACGACCUGUCGUCGAUUCGACUGAUUAUGUCUGGCGCCGCUCCUGUGGGAAAGGAACUUGAGGAUUCUGUCAGGGCCAAACUUCCCAACGCCAUUCUUGGACAGGGUUAUGGGAUGACAGAAGCAGGACCAGUGCUUUCAAUGUGCUUAGCGUUUGCGAAGGAAGCAUGGCAUGUGAAAUCAGGUUCGUGCGGGACCGUUGUAAGAAAUGCAGAGAUGAAGAUCGUUGACCCUCUCACUGGUGCUUCGCUUCACACAAAUCAAGCUGGUGAGAUUUGCAUCAGAGGCAACCAGAUCAUGAAAGGUUACCUAAACGAUGAAGAAGCCACAAAAAUAACUAUAGACGAAGAAGGAUGGUUGCAUACGGGUGAUAUUGGAUACAUCGACGAUGAUGACCAGAUUUUCAUCGUUGAUCGGUUGAAGGAGUUGAUCAAAUACAAAGGAUUUCAAGUUGCUCCUUCCGAGCUCGAAGACAUGCUAAUUGUGCACCCAAAGAUUUCUGAUGCUGCCGUUGUGUCCAUGAAGGAUGAAGCUGCAGGAGAGGUUCCGGUUGCAUUUGUUGUACUAUCAAAUGGUUCAAAAAUCUCUGAGGAAGAAAUCAAGCAGUACAUCUCAAAGCAGGUUGUGUUCUACAAAAGAAUCAGUAGAGUUUUCUUUGUGAGUUCAAUUCCGAAGGCAGCCUCUGGAAAGAUCUUGCGAAGAGAACUGAGGGCAAGGCUUGCAAAUGGUAUUCCUUCAUUGUGAAUAUAGGGCACGACCUAAUUGAGCCAUUUUUUCUUAAUGGUGCUCCCACUAAUUAUAAGACAAGAAAAAAAAAACAUUUAAUUCCAAUAAUAGCUUAAUUGGAAGACCUAAAACUGCUAUUUUAUACCUCUGUAAAUGUGUGUAGAACAAUCUGCUACUUGACGAGCGAAGCUCGUAUGAGUUCUUUGAGUUAGAUCGACUGAAUUG